AGAAAAAUUCUCUCUAUCUCCUUUUCUUCGCUUUUCUUUCUUGUUUAAUUCACUUUUAUUUUAUUUUUAACAUCAGACCCAAGCUCACCAAGUGUUAUUAUUAAGUCGAAUAUUGGUUGAAGAACAAUUUGUAUACAGUUACCAUUUAGAAGUGAAGCGAUAGUGCAAUUCCUGACUGAAUAUCUUCAACAACAAGGACAACAAGUGACUCAUUUAUUUUUUUCUACUUGACUGGACUCUUUUUUUUUCUCGCGUCUGUCUCUCAUUGUGGUGACGGUUUUAUCAAAUAUCUUUUCUAUGUGUUGGUCUUUCUCUCUCUUUCUUAUUUGUUUCUUCUCAAUUGGUUGAUAUCUUCCUUUUAUCCGUCACUCCCAUUACAAUGGUUUCCUCAAUACCUCUUUUUUACUUUGUGGGCCUCUCUCUCUCUCUCUCUCUCUCCCCUUCUGUCUCUUCUUCUGUCUCUCACUGGAAUUAUGCUUUCUGCAAGAUACUUUCCUACGUUAUUGGUCUUUGCCUUCUUUGUCUUCUCCCACUUGAUAUGGUGUUUCCCUAUUGUUGUUCUCUCCAAUGCUGUUAUUCCACUUCUUGUAUUUCUCUCUUUCUCCAACAAGAAGUCAACAAGUUCAGUUGCGCCUACACUCUACGUAACGUGUUUCUGGUUGUCCGUUUGGUCUUGGUUAUGAUUUAUUCAUCAAUAAUGCUGCAUGAUGUAUGACAAGGUAUCAAGAUUGUUCUCUAUACAAUAACGAUUAUGCAAACGUCUAGUGACAUAAUCAGCAUAUGUAAAAAAAAAAAAAAAAAAAAAAAAAAAAAGAA